UUGAGCAGCUAAUGCUGUUGUUAUGGUCAAUGCAGAAUUUUGGGUAAGGGUUAGAGCUAAGAGAUAGAGUUCGAGCAUGUUUAGGAUAGGACAAAGCCAUAUUAAUAACCACUCUAUCUAUUGGCCAUUACCUUUAGUUGUAACGGCCUUGACCAGCGACUGCUACAAUGGCUUCUGAAAUUGACCUCUCUAGUUUCAGUUCGAAUUCAAGCUCAGUAGGAUCAAAUUGUCAUGAACACAAGAUGAUUUUGGAAGAUGAGGAGGGGUUGGAGAAGGAUGACUUUGAUACAGAAAUUACGUCUCCAACUGAACUACUGGAAAUCGAUCCAUUGCAGAAAGCCAUUGUAAAAGCAAGUUCUGCUAAGAGUGAUAUGGUUAGUCUGGAGUUGAAUGGAGAAGGUGUUUUCUUGACAUGGGAGGAUCUAUGGGUGACAGUCACCGUGGGAAGAAGUGGGUGUAAAACAAUCCUUCAAGGGCUUACUGGGUAUGCUCAGCCUGGAGAGGUCUUGGCCAUUAUGGGUCCUUCUGGUUGUGGCAAAUCUACUCUUCUUGAUGCCUUGGCAGGGCGUCAAGGUCCAAGCACAAGGCUACAUGGAAAUAUGCUUGUCAAUGGUGUAAAACAAACUCUAGCAUAUGGGACUUCAGCUUAUGUCACUCAAGAUGAUCUUCUAAUGACAACAUUAACAGUUGAAGAAGCUGUAUACUACUCUGCUCAGCUACAACUACCUAAUUCAAUGUCGAGGUUGGAGAAGAAGGAAAGAGCAGAGAUGACUAUAAAAGAAAUGGGUUUACAAGAUGAGAUGCACACACGUAUAGGGGGAAGGGGCACCAAAGGGAUUAGUAGUGGGCAGAAGAGGAGAGUGAGCAUUUGCAUUGAGCUAUUGACACACCCUAAGCUUCUAUUCCUAGAUGAACCAACAAGCGGGCUUGACAGUGCAGCAUCUUACCAUGUCAUGAAAAGAAUUGUGAACCUUGCUCAACAAGGGGGAAAGACUGUCAUCACAUCUAUCCAUCAACCUACCUUUGAAGUCUCUGAGCUUUUUGACAACCUCUGCCUUCUCUCUUGUGGUAGAACAAUUUACUUUGGUGCUGCUUCUGCAGCAAAUGAG